AAUACACAGCACAAUCCACUCGUCAUAGAGAAAAGUAAUUGGAUUUUGUUUUUAUUAUUAUCAAUUUAUCAUCAUCAUCAUUUUUUUUCAUUUUUAUUAAUUUUAUCUUUCGCUAUUGGUUUUGCGAUUGAACCUUGUGAACAAGAACAAGAACAAGAAGAUCGUGCCCUUCGUCACGUUUCGUUUCGCUUCUUCGUUCACCGUUUCUUCCAAUUUCGUCAGAUUCACGUGUUUUCGAUUCAAGAGCCAAGAAUCUGAGUUAGGGUUUUGGAAAUUUCUCGAAAAACCGAAUCGGAAUGCUGGUUCGGGACGCGGAAUUGGAAGAAUUCAUCUAGCUCCGAUCUUAGCAAAAUUGCUGGAAUCUUAGGGGUUGGAGAAUGGACGUUGAUUCCUCGAUGUCACCGGAGACCGAUCACGUUGACGCGGCGGCGGUGCUCAACCAUGCCGAGAAAGAGCAGCAGCAGAUAGGGGACCCGCAGCCGCCAUCCCCGACUUCCGAUGCCGGAUCUCCGGUUCUGCCGCCGGGGCCGCCUGCCGCGGCUCUGGGGCAGCAAGGUUCUGUUGUUGGCCCGAGGCUUGCGCCGACUUACACCGUGGUGGAUGCGAUUAUAGAGAAGAAGGAUGACGGGCCCGGGCCGCGGUGUGGACACACGUUGACGGCGGUGGCGGCUGUUGGAGAGGAAGGCACGCCGGGGUACAUUGGUCCGAGGCUGAUUUUGUUCGGCGGUGCCACGGCGCUUGAAGGGAAUUCUGGGGCUUCCGGGACUCCUUCAUCUGCUGGAAAUGCAGGCAUCCGCUUAGCUGGUGCCACAGCUGACGUCCACUGUUAUGAUGUCUUGACCAAUAAAUGGUCUAGGAUAACUCCCUAUGGAGAGCCUCCAUCCCCAAGGGCUGCACACGUCGCAACUGCUGUGGGAACAAUGGUAGUUAUUCAGGGUGGCAUUGGUCCUGCGGGUUUGUCAGCAGAGGACCUUCAUGUUCUUGAUCUCACACAGCAACGGCCACGAUGGCAUAGAGUUGGUGUUCCAGGCCCUGGACCUGGGCCACGCUAUGGACAUGUUAUGGCUUUGGUGGGGCAGAGGUAUCUUAUGGCAAUCGGAGGCAAUGAUGGAAAGAGACCUUUGGCGGAUGUUUGGGCCUUGGACACAGCUGCCAAGCCUUAUGAAUGGCGCAAGUUGGAGCCAGAAGGAGAGGGCCCGCCUCCUUGCAUGUAUGCAACUGCAAGUGCACGCUCUGAUGGGCUUCUUCUGCUUUGUGGAGGGAGGGAUGCCAGUAGUGUUCCAUUGGCAAGUGCAUAUGGGCUUGCUAAGCAUAGAGAUGGUCGAUGGGAAUGGGCAAUUGCCCCUGGUGUUUCUCCAUCUCCAAGAUAUCAACACGCAGCGGUCUUUGUUAAUGCAAGGCUCCAUGUGUCUGGUGGGGCUCUUGGUGGAGGACGAACAGUAGAAGACUCAUCAAGCGUUGCAGUGUUGGACACUGCUGCUGGUGUCUGGUGUGAUACAAAAUCUGUUGUUACCAGUCCAAGAACAGGUAGAUACAGUGCUGAUGCAGCUGGUGGAGAUGCCUCAGUUGAGCUGACACGGCGUUGUAGGCAUGCGGCUGCUGCUGUUGGUGAUCUAAUUUUUAUUUAUGGAGGUUUACGUGGUGGGAUCUUGCUGGAUGACCUUCUUGUUGCGGAAGAUCUUGCUGCUGCUGAAACUACUAGUGCUGCUUCACAUGCUGCUGCAGCAGCAGCUGCAUCUAAUGUACAAGUGGGGCGAGUGCCUGGCCAAUAUGGCUUUGUUGAUGAUAGGACAAGGCCAACAAUGCCUGAAGUAACUGCUGAUGGUGCAGUUAUUUUGGGAAAUCCAGUUGCUCCUCCUGUAAAUGGCGACAUGUAUACUGAUAUCAGCACUGAAAAUGCCAUGCUUCAGGGAACUAGGAGGACUAGCAAAGGCGUUGAGUAUCUGGUUGAAGCAUCUGCUGCAGAAGCUGAAGCUAUCAGUGCCACACUGGCUGCUGCCAAGGCACGACAAGUGAAUGGAGAAGUUGAAUUGCCUGACCGAGACCGUGGGGCUGAGGCUACACCUAGUGGGAAACAAACACCUUCUUUCAUUAAGCCCGAUUCUGCAGGGUCAAAUAGCAUUGCUCCUGGUGGAGUUAGGCUGCAUCACAGAGCUGUGGUUGUUGCUGCAGAGACUGGUGGAGCAUUGGGUGGCAUGGUUAGGCAGCUUUCCAUUGAUCAGUUUGAAAAUGAAGGCAGGAGGGUCAGUUAUGGGACACCGGAAAAUGCAACGGCUGCUAGAAAAUUAUUAGAUCGGCAGAUGUCUAUCAACAGUGUCCCAAAGAAGGUCAUAGCACACCUCUUAAAGCCUCGUGGCUGGAAACCACCAGUUCGCCGGCAGUUUUUCUUGGAUUGCAAUGAAAUUGCGGAUCUUUGUGAUAGUGCAGAGAGGAUAUUUUCAAGUGAACCAACCGUCAUACAGCUUAGGGCACCGAUUAAAAUAUUUGGUGAUUUACACGGUCAGUUUGGGGAUCUCAUGCGCCUCUUUGAUGAGUAUGGUGCCCCAUCAACGGCUGGGGACAUAGCAUAUAUCGAUUAUCUAUUCCUAGGAGAUUAUGUUGAUAGGGGGCAACACAGCUUGGAAACUAUAAGCCUUCUGCUUUCUCUGAAGGUUGAGUAUCCAAACAAUGUACAUUUAAUACGUGGAAACCAUGAAGCUGCAGAUAUCAACGCCCUUUUUGGUUUUCGAAUUGAGUGCAUCGAGAGGAUGGUAAGGAAUUUCAUGUACUGGAUAGAGUUUUCUAUUCUUAUUGGGUAUUCAAGUAACCUUAAAUUUGCUGAUCAGGGUGAGAGAGAUGGAAUUUGGGCAUGGCACCGGAUAAAUCGUCUGUUUAAUUGGCUUCCUCUGGCGGCUCUAAUUGAGAAAAAAAUUAUUUGCAUGCAUGGUGGUAUUGGCCGUUCAAUAAAUCAUGUUGAACAAAUUGAGAAUAUUCAGCGUCCAAUUACGAUGGAAGCUGGAUCAAUUGUGCUUAUGGAUCUAUUGUGGUCUGAUCCUACAGAGAAUGACAGCGUGGAAGGGCUACGGCCAAAUGCUAGAGGUCCGGGGUUAGUUACAUUUGGGCCUGAUCGAGUCAUGGAAUUUUGCAACAACAAUGAUCUUCAGUUGAUUGUUCGUGCACAUGAAUGUGUGAUGGAUGGCUUUGAGCGAUUUGCCCAGGGACAUUUGAUCACCCUUUUCUCAGCUACAAAUUACUGUGGUACCGCAAAUAAUGCUGGGGCGAUAUUAGUUUUGGGUAGAGAUCUUGUCGUGGUUCCUAAACUGAUUCAUCCACUACCACCUGCAAUUUCUUCACCUGAAACGUCUCCAGAACGUCAUAUUGAGGAUACGUGGAUGCAGGAGUUGAAUGCUAACAGACCACCAACACCAACUAGAGGCCGUCCUCAAGUAACAAAUGAUCGAGGUUCGCUUGCUUGGAUAUAAUGAUCAUUAAGAAUGCCCAUAUUGAUUAUACCUUAACAGCUUGUGCUAUCGCCUAAAUCCAGUAUUAUGUAUAUAGCAUGAUGCCAUUUAUGGGGUAUGCAAGCCUGUGGUUUUUAUCCCAGCGGAAAGUUUGAAGGCUUUUUUGUCCUUGGUCUCACCUUUCAAUCAGCAGGCCUUUAGAAGAUACACACGUUUGAGAAGCAAGGCCUGUAGCCAUUGCUAGGUUCUCUUUGAUGCAGCUAGAAGUUGCAGUUUGAGUUCCACCCACACAUUGUAAAUUGAGCCAUAGGUACAAGAUUGAGGUCAUGGUUGUCUGUCAUGUAUUGUCUGUGUUGGCUAUUUUUCUCAUUAAUUUUUACAUAUUUUUUACUCAACGCCCCUAGGUUAUUAUUGUUAUUUUUUUAAAAUCAAGAGGACAAGGGCGGGUUUCUCUUUUUAUUUUUUUCCCUGUGAUGGAGGUAUAAAUCAGAGAUCUUUCUUGGGGGUUCAUGUAUCAUAUAGGUAUUGCUUUGUGUAACUCAUCAAUGCUCUGUACAAUUAAUUUUUGUGUGAAUCAACAUAUUCUGACAGAAAUGUGAAUUUUGACAACAGAAUUUUGCCUUUUGCCA